CCCUCGAAGUGAGCAACAGGUGCCCCAGGUGAAGCCUCCUCCUCGCCGCUCCGGUCAGAGCGCUCCGCUGCAGACAGUCAUGGCUCCAAGACCAGAAGUGGGGACUGAUUCCUCCCCUGCACUCGAUGACAACAACCCGACUAAAGAUGCGGCCAUCCUGCCGGCUUACUCCACCGUGGACCUGGUGAAUCCGGAGCCGGACGAGGAAGAUCCCUGGGAUCUCCCAGAGCUCAAAGACACUGGGGUCAAGUGGUCAGAGCUGGAUACAAAGGGAAAGAUUAUGAGAGUGCUGACUGCUUUAGUGAAGACCGUUCUGCUGAUGGGACUUCUCUACCUGUUUAUCUGCUCGCUGGAUGUUCUCAGCUCUGCUUUCCAGCUUGUCGGAGGCAAAGCUGCUGGUGACAUCUUCCAGGACAAUGUUGUGUUGUCCAACCCUGUGGCUGGACUGGUGAUCGGGGUGUUAGUCACAGUGCUGGUGCAGAGCUCCAGCACCUCCUCCUCUAUUGUGGUCAGCAUGGUGUCCUCUGGAUUGCUGGAUGUGCAGUCUGCAGUGCCCAUCAUCAUGGGCGCCAACAUCGGAACAUCCGUCACCAACACUAUUGUGGCCAUGAUGCAGGCAGGAGACCGAAAUGAGUUCCGCAGGGCAUUUGCCGGCGCCACAGUCCAUGACUUCUUUAACUGGCUGUCUGUGCUGAUUCUUCUGCCCCUGGAAGUAGCCACAGGCGUUCUGUACAAACUCACUGACAAAUUAAUCAAAUCCUUCAACAUCCAGACCGGAGAGAACGCCCCUGACCUGCUCAACGUCAUCACAGACCCUCUCACCAACUCCAUCAUCCAGCUGGACAAAUCUGUCAUCACUGGCAUUGCCACUGGUGACCCUGCAGCCAGAAACAAGAGUCUGAUCAAAAUUUGGUGCAAAAAAGAGACCAACACGACUUUCUGGAAUGCAACAGUGGAGAGCUGCCCUGCUGGUGGCGUCUGCUGGAUGGAAGGAAACCAGACCUGGACGCAGAUGAACUCGUCUUGGACCGAUUACCAGGAGAAAUGCAAACACAUCUUCGUCAAUGCUAAUUUGCCAGACCUGGCAGUGGGCCUCAUUCUCCUGGCUCUGUCUUUGCUCGUCCUCUGCACCUGCCUCAUCCUCAUCGUCAAGCUGCUCAACUCCAUGCUGAAAGGACAGGUGGCUGUGGUCAUCAAGAAGGUGCUCAACACAGACUUCCCCUUCCCCUUCGCUUGGGUUACUGGCUACAUUGCAAUUUUGGUGGGAGCAGGGAUGACUUUCAUUGUUCAAAGCAGCUCCGUCUUCACCUCAGCUAUAACUCCUCUUGUUGGUAUCGGUGUCAUUAGCCUCGAGAGAGCCUAUCCUCUGACACUGGGGUCAAAUAUUGGUACAACAACCACUGCUAUACUUGCUGCCAUGGCUAGUCCUGGAGAUACACUAGCCAACUCCUUGCAGAUUGCACUCUGCCAUUUCUUCUUCAACAUAAUGGGUAUCCUACUGUGGUACCCAAUCCCCUUCAUGCGGGUGCCCAUCAGGUUGGCCAGAGGGCUGGGGAACCAUACGGCCAAAUACCGCUGGUUUGCCGCCCUCUACCUCUUCCUGUGCUUCUUGGUUUUCCCUCUGACUGUAUUCGGCCUGUCGCUGGCUGGCUGGCAAUUCCUGGUCGGCGUCGGCGUGCCCAUCGUCGUGUUGGUUCUCUUUGUGAUCAUUGUCAAUGUAAUGCAGUCUCGCUGCCCCCGCUACCUGCCCAAGUUCCUCCGCAGCUGGGACUUUUUGCCCCGGCCACUGCACUCCAUGGCGCCCUGGGACGCGGUGGUGACCUCGACCUUUGGUUUCUGUGGCAAGCACUGCUGCUGCUGCUGCAAAUGCUGCAAGUGCUGCAAAAAGAAUGAGGAUGAACAGAUCAGGAGGAACAGCAAGAAGAGUCUGGAGAUGUACGAUAAUCCAGCCAUGUCAAGAGAUGACGAUACAAAGGAGGCUGCUAAAGCAACACAACUUUAAUAUUAUUAAGUUAAGUUUGUAUCUAUAAGCGAUACUCAAUGCAAUAAUGUAUUUGGAACUCACUUGUAAUUCUUCAUCUCUCAGGUUGUGGUAUAUUGAUGAUUCCCUGUUGAUGGAUGAUAUACUAAGCACUGUACAACAGACACACUGACUAACACUGUCUAUCACCAUAAUGCUGGAGAAUAUGCACAGAAGUGUUGGACAUAUUAUUAUGUAAUGUUUAUUUUAUGAUUGAUAUGUAUUGUUCAGACUCACUGUCUGCCAUGGCUUAACUAUGGGUGGUUCCGAAUUUUUUUUAUAUUUUUAUGAGAUCUGUAAGAGGCCUUUGGUUUUAUUUUUAUUCUAAAUUUCAAAUGUUUAUUGUAGCAUUUAAAAUAUUUGUUA